CGUGACGCGAUCCUCGAGUGGAUCGACGAUAUCCCCGACAGCAAGCUUGAGGGCACCUUCUCAAAGAAGAUGCACAAUAACACCGAGAUGCGACUCGACAUGCAAGGUUAUACUACCGACAUGCCUGGUAAGCCGCGCUGCUUCAACCUCCAGGUGCAGAUCAAUAGGGGCUGCAAGAAUAAGUCCCUCGCGAAGCUGGCCCCCUACAGUGUAGCUUUCACCCUCGUACCCUGUGAUGAGACCUGGACGCCCGCAAAGAUCAAGGCCGAACUGAAGAAGACGGUC